AUGACCUCUGGAGUGCAAGCAACUUUGAUGGCAGCUGCGGCUGCUUCAUCUCGCAAAAUGCCGUCUUCAGUUCACACGCAAAGUGAUGGCUCAUCUGCCGCAAGUAUCUACGCACACAAUUAUCAGAAACAAUCAUUCAGCUCAGUAUAUUCUGUGCGACAAGGUAACAAUGGUACCACAAUCAAUACUAGUUGUACAUCGUACACUGAUGGCAUUCAAAUGCAGACAAUGUAA